ACCUUUCCGCCCAAUUUUUUUUCCCAGGAUUUCCACGGACGUGCGCGUGCAAUCGAUAAUUAUUGCCCUUGAGGCUCCUCCCGUCGUCCUUACUGGUUUUUUUUCAACCUGAAACGACACGUGCAAAGGGCGCGGGACGCCAUUCCCGUCGUACCGACACUCUGGAAUCGCGGAGUCAUACCGGAUAAAGAUCUGUGUGGCGAUUGUGAUGCAUCAUAAUCCGGAGAACCCUUUCGCCAUGGUUAACGUUAACGCGAGGGUGUUCUUCGACGUGGAGGUCGGCGGACUGCCCAUGGGCAGAAUAGUCUUCGAGCUGUUUUCGGACACUUGUCCCAUAACGUGCGAGAACUUCCGCGCGUUAUGCACCGGAGAAAGGGGACUUGGGAAAACGACGGGCAAGCCGUUGCAUUAUAAAGGCAUUGUUUUUCAUAGGGUUGUAAAGGAUUUUAUGAUUCAAGGUGGAGAUUUCUCGAUAGGUAAUGGGACGGGUGGCGAGUCGAUUUACGGCGGUACAUUUGCAGAUGAAAAUUUUAUUAUGAAACAUAACAAGCCAUUUUUGUUGUCAAUGGCGAAUCGCGGUAGAGAUACCAAUGGCUCACAAUUUUUUAUUACAACACAACCAGCGCCUCACCUCGACAAUGUCCAUGUGGUUUUUGGAGAAGUAGUGUCUGGGCAAGAGAUCGUUACGCAUAUUGAAGGACUUCCAGUAGACCGAAUGUCACGUCCGUUGCAAGAUGCUAAGGUUGUGAACUGUGGCGAAUUAAUUUUGAAGAUCAAAAGUAAAGUGAAAAAACGAGAAGCGAAGCAAAGUAGUUCGGCGGAGUCGGAGUCCGAUUCUUACUCUGCCGAUAAAGCGAAGAAGAAGAAGAAGAGCAAGAAAAGUAAAAAGAGAGCAAAGUCGGAAGACGGUGAAAUUCGGGAUUCUAAUGAGGAAGAUGAUGGGGAACCUCAUCCGCUGGUGUCAGUUACCAAAAUUGAUCCCGAUGAAAUUCCGGAAGUACCGGCGAAUAAAUUUUUGUAUAGAGCAGGAUCCACCAACAAUGCAAAUCAGAAGGAAUUUAGACAGCAUUACGGAAGAGAUCGUGUACGAUCUCACAGAAAGACUGGCCGUGUUUUCAAGGGUAGAGGAAUAUUCCGAUAUCAUACUCCUUCUCGAAGUCGUUCCAGAAGUACAACACCACCUCAUUGGAAGCAAGCUCAAAACCGUACUAUCAAAUUGCACGAAUUUCAGAAAAUAGAAAAGGAACGUAUGAAGAAAGAAGAAGACUUUAAACAACGUGAAACUGAUAGAGGUAAAAGAUUCGCAGAUAAUCCCGAUGAAAAUGAUCAAGUGCCAGACCUAGAUAACAAUAUAUGCCCGACGGAAUUAAUGGAGAAUAAAGAGAACGAUCAGACGGACGAGACAGCGGCUAUAGCUAAAGUAGCGCAAGAUGAUAGCGUAAAGAGAAACACGGAGGGAAAUAACGUUAUGCAGAGCAAGGAGAUGAAGCAUAACAAGAAUGAGAAGUUCAGACGCGACGCUAAUCGAUCCUACAAUGACCGAAACUCGCGACGUGACUCCAAGGACAGAAACAGAAGACGCGGACGUUCUCGGUCACGAGACCGUCGAAGGUCCAGAGAGAGAGACUACGAUCGUAGAGGAAGCCGUGACAGAAGGAAUCGAAGAAAUUAUUCUCCUCGUAGGCGAGAUUCUUACAGAACCAACAGACCCGGAAGAGACAAUUACAGGCACUAUGACAAGCGCAACGAUCGACGUCGGAAUAAUUCUAAUUCCCAUCAGGACAACGAUAUCAACUCCCGCCACGACAAGACCAAGUAUAAGAAAAACGACAACGUAUCGGACACGAGCCAAGCGAAGUUUAAACGCCGCUCGCGAUCGAGCAGCUCCAGCAGCCAGCACUCCAAAGAUUAAUCCGCGUUGUUUCACAUUCUUUCUUUCGCUUAUUAUUGACACCAACGAAAUACUAUUAAAAUAAAACUUGUGAUUGUCAUUUAAAUCAAUAAAAAUAUUUGAACGAUUAGCUCAUAAUGUAGUAUUUAUUAUUGGAUGUUUCAUAGAUAAGCAUACGCAUCUAUGGCACAAUAAUAAUUGCUGCAAAACUGCACUUUUUUUUUGUUUUUUAUAUAUGGAUAUAUUAUAAUUACGGGGAUGAAGUUUGAAAUCAAUAAUUAUAAUUAAUUAUCGCAAUUAUAUAUAUCUGAUAACGAAGCAUAAAGUUAAUACUGCAUUAUUUAAUCGUCCAAAUAUGGGCAACAUAUUUUAGAUCGGUUUGUGGUAUCCCGUCAACGCUUUUCAACAAUACUAUGAUUAUAUCGAUGUACAAUCACCGACAUAUUAUUAGUUUGUGAAUCAAUAAUGCUGGAGUAAUACAUCUCGACUCUCUUUCGAUCACACAUUUGUGGUUAAUGCACGUGUUUCAUCAUUGGAAUGUACAAUAUAAGGUUUAUCUAUAUUUAAAUAUUCUUAUGAAAACGCAUCUCUUCUCUACUUUUUUCUUAUGUUGGAUAUACAUGUGUACUGGUAAAUAUUUUCAAAAUAUUUCUAUAUGAAGAGAUUUCUCCCAAGAUUUCGAAUAUCAAUUCCUUUUAGAGUUCAAAUCGAAUUAUUCCGCUUCACAUGAUUAGCUAAGUCACACAGCGAAAUUGAGUCUUGAAAAUUAAUGAUAAAUUAAGUCAACGAUUAGAAAAUACGCUUUAAAUAUUUUAUAUGUAAAGCUCUUGAGAUAUAUGUAUGUAUACAUUUACAUAUACAUAUAAUGUGUAAAAUUGUAAUAAAUGAAUUACUUUUACGCGAUUCUAGUGACGACUGUCAUUCAUCAUCAAUAAAACAAUGAUUUUUUUUGUAGAUUUAAUAUUGUAAAAAAGCAAUCAAUAUUUUAAUACGAUCAGUGACUUCAAAUAGUUGUUUUUAAUAUCGUUUUAAAUGUAAAAAUUAAUAAUCAUCAAAUGAACUUUUGAAAGUAUUUAGUAUAGUGAUAUCGCUAGCUAUAGACUAUAGACCAGCACCCACUGUUAAAAUUUUAGAUAAAUUCGUCUAGCCAUUUUUUAAAUUAUAUAACGUCCGUUCAAAUUAAUAAAUAUUAUUAAUAAAUAUACAGACUCGACCCUUUGUUUAACAUAUACGUUGUAACAGUGCUAUUUUCUUUACAAUUUACAUCAUACAUUCAUAUAAUUAUAUGCAAUUAUACGAUAUACGAUGUAUACAUCAUAUAUUGAUAAAUUAUAUCGUGAAUAUAAUUUAUCUUCAUUAUAAAUAUAUAUAU